AUGGGGGGCAGAUCCGAGAACAAGGCCGGCUACUUCGAUAAGCUCAAGGGCCUCCUCGAGGAGUACAAGAGUAUCUUCAUCGUUGGUGUCGACAAUGUCAGCUCCCAGCAGAUGCACGAGAUCAGACAGGCCCUCCGUGGUGAGGGUGUCGUCUUGAUGGGAAAGAACACCAUGGUCCGUCGUGCCAUCAAGGGCUUCGUCGCCGAUUCCCCCGAGUACGAGCGCCUUUUGCCAUUCGUCAAGGGCAACGUCGGUUUCGUCUUCACCAACUCCGACCUCAAGUCUAUCCGUGACAAGAUUCUCGCCAACAAGGUCGCUGCUCCCGCCAGAGCUGGUGCCGUCGCCCCUGGUGAUGUCUACGUCCCAGCUGGUAACACUGGUAUGGAACCCGGAAAGACCUCUUUCUUCCAGGCUCUCGGUGUCCCAACCAAGAUUGCCCGUGGUACCAUUGAAAUCACUGCCGACUUGAAGCUCGUCGAGGCUGGCACCAAGGUCGGAGCCUCCGAGGCUACCCUGCUCAACAUGUUGAACAUCUCUCCCUUCACAUAUGGUAUGAGCAUCUCGCAGGUUUACGACCAAGGCAACGCUUUCCCACCCAGCGUUCUCGACAUCGAGGAGUCUCAAUUGCUCAAGACCUUCUCGAGCGCAAUCACCACCAUCGCCGCUAUCUCCUUAGCCGCCAACUUCCCAACCCUUCCAUCUGUUAUGCACUCCGUCGUCAACAGCUACAAGAAGGUCUUGGCCGUCGCAAUCAGCACCGAGUACAGCUGGUCUGAGAUUGAGGAGUUGAAGGACCGUAUCGCCAACCCAGAGGCUUACGCAUCCGCCGGUCCUGCUGCCACCACCGAUGCCGCCCCAGCUGCUGAGGCCGCCAAGGAGGAGGAGGAAGAAGAGGAGGCCGAGGAUUCCGCUGAUGAGGGUUUCGGAGGCAUGUUCGACUAA